CUGAUGAAGAUGAUGUUCGACUGCGGAGACGAGGCGAUGGACGUCGAGCUCAUCGCGCUCUGCAUCAACCUGGCGGCUAACAAGAGCAACGCUCAGGUCUUCUGUGAAGGUAACGGCCUGAAGAUGCUGAUGAAGCGAGCGGUGAAGCUGAAGGACGUCCUGGUGAUGAAGAUGAUCAGGAAUCUGUCUCAGCACAGCGGAGCCACCAAGAGUCUCUUCCUGGAUCACGUUGGCGACUUGGCGGCUCAGAUCAGCGACGACGAGUCCGAGGAGUUUGUGAUCGAGUGUCUGGGCACGUUGGCUAAUCUGACCAUCCCCGACCUGGACUGGGCUCUGGUGCUGCAGGACUACAAGCUGGUGCCGUACCUGAAGAACAGACUCAAACCAGGUUCGGCCGAGGACGACCUCAUCCUGGAGGUGGUGAUCAUGAUCGGCACCGUGUCCAUGGAUGACUCGUGUGCCGCCCUGCUGGCCAAGUCUGGCAUCAUCCCGGCUCUCAUCGAGCUGCUUAACGCCCAGCAGGAAGACGACGAGUUUGUGUGCCAGAUCGUCUACGUCUUCUACCAGAUGGUGUUUCAUAAAGCUACGAGGGACGUCAUCAUCAAAGACACGCAGGCUCCGGCUUACCUCCUCGACUUGAUGCACGACAGCAACGCAGAGAUCCGUAAAGUCUGUGACAACACGCUGGACAUCAUCGCU